AUGCCUUUCGCAAAGCGGAUCGUGGAGCCGCAGUGGCUGUGCCGGCAGCGGCGCCCGGCGCCGGGCCCGGAGGAGAACCCGAGCGCGGGUGGCCACGAGCCCCCGCCACCACUGCAGCCGCCUGGCCAGCGGGACGAGGCCGAGGCAGUGGAGCCAGACGAACCGCCCCGCGCCCUGCCCGCGCCGGACAAUCAGGCACCGCCGGCGCCGCGCGGUGAGCCACCGGCGGGCGGCGAGGACAGCCCGGCGGGGUCCCCGGAGGCGGCGGCCGGGUCAGGCGAGGCGUCCUCGGCAGCGGCGGCCGUACUGCUUAUGCUGGACCUGUGCGCCGUCAGCAACGCUGCGCUGGCCCGCGUGCUCCGUCAGCUCUCGGACGUGGCCCGGCACGCGUGCAGCCUCUUCCAGGAGCUCGAGAGCGACAUCCAGCUCACCCACCGCCGCGUCUGGGCGCUGCAGGGCAAGCUGGGCGGCGUGCAACGCGUCCUCGGGACGUUGGACCCCAAGCAGGAGGCAGUGCCCGUCUCCAACCUGGACGUCGAGAGUAAGCUGAGUAUGUACUACCGAGCACCGUGGCACCAGCAGAGAAACAUCUUCCUCCCGGCCACCAGGCCUCCCUGCGUGGAGGAGCUGCAUCGCCACGCCCGGCAGAGCCUGCAAGCCCUGCGCAGAGAACACCGGAGCCGGAGUGAUCGCCGUGAACAGAAAACCGCUGCUCCUCUUUCCGCGGCUGCUCCUCCACUGCCGGCCUACCCGCCUGCCCACAGCCAGAGAAGGCGCGAAGCUAAGGACCGACACUUCUUAACGUUUAACAGCACCCGCUCGCCCUCCCCCACUGAGUGUUGCCACAUGACCCCUUGGAGUAGAAAGUCUCAUCCCCCAGAGGAUGAAGAUACAGAUGUCAUGUUAGGGCAGAGGCCGAAAAACCCGAUACACAACAUCCCCUCAACACUGGAUAAGCAGACCAACUGGAGCAAAGCCCUACCUCUCCCAACACCAGAGGAGAAGAUGAAACAAGAUGCCCAAGUGAUUUCUUCUUGCAUUAUUCCCAUCAAUGUCACUGGAGUUGGUUUUGACCGAGAGGCUAGUAUACGCUGCUCUCUUGUUCAUUCACAAUCUGUACUACAGCGGAGACGUAAAUUGAGGAGGAGGAAAACCAUCUCGGGAAUCCCCCGAAGAGUUCAACAAGAAAUAGAUUCCGAUGAAUCACCAGUGGCCAGGGAAAGGAAUGUCAUUGUGCACACAAAUCCAGACCCUGCCAGUGCUGUCAAUAGGAGGUCCGGGACCAGGGACUCUGAGUGCCAAACUGAGGAUAUUCUGAUUGCUGCUCCAUCCAGAAGGAGAAUCAGAGCUCAAAGGGGUCAGAGCAUUGCAGCUUCCCUUUCUCAUUCCGCUGGCAACAUCUCUGCGCUGGCUGACAAAGGCGAUGCUAUGUUUACCACUGCAGUCAGCAGCCGCACAAGAUCUCGGAGCCUGCCCCGGGAGGGUAAUAGAGGUGGGGCUGCUGAGCCUAAAGUUGGUGCUAAGCCCUCAGCAUACGAAGAGGGGGAGUCUUUCAUAGGUGACCAUGAAAGAGCUCCCAAUGAUUGCAGUGAGGCCCCAAGCAGCCCAAGUGCACAGGAAGACCAGCCUGCUUUAGGCCUGGCCUGUUCUCAACAUCUUCACAGUCCCCAGCACAAGUUAAGUGAGAGAGGGAGGUCUCGUCUGUCCAGAAUGGCUGCCGACUCUGGUAGCUGUGACAUCUCCUCCAACUCAGACACCUUUGGGAGCCCCAUCCAUUGCAUCUCCACAGCUGGCGUCCUCCUCAGCAGCCACAUGGACCAGAAAGACGACCACCAGUCAUCUAGUGGGAACUGGAGUGGGAGCAGCUCCACAUGCCCCUCACAGACCUCAGAGACAAUCCCUCCUGCUGCGUCUCCUCCUCUCACUGGCUCUUCACACUGUGAUUCAGAGCUGUCACUCAACACGGCCCCUCAUGCUAAUGAGGACUCCAGUGUCUUCGUGACAGAGCAGUACAAUGACCACGUGGAUAAAGUGAGAGGCCACCGGGCAAACUCCUUUACUUCCACCGUUGCAGAUUUGCUGGAUGACCCUAACAACAGCAACACAAGUGACAGUGAGUGGAAUUACCUACACCACCAUCACGAUGCCUCCUGCCGCCAGGAUUUUAGUCCUGAGCGUCCUAAGACCGACAGCCUGGGCUGCCCAAGCUUCACGAGCAUGGCCACUUAUGACAGCUUUCUGGAAAAGUCUCCAUCAGACAAAGCCGACACCAGCUCUCACUUUUCGGUGGACACAGAAGGGUACUAUACUUCCAUGCAUUUUGACUGUGGUCUCAAAGCUAGUAAGAAUUAUGUCUGUCACUAUGCAGCACUGGGCCCUGAAAAUGGCCAGAGUGUUGGGGUUCCUCCUAGUGUUCCAGACUGUGCCUGGCCAGACUAUAUAGACCACAGAAGGCAAGGGAGACCAAGCAUCUCUUUCAGAAAGCCAAAGGCAAAGCCUACCCCACCUAAACGUAGCUCUUCAUUGAGGAAGACUGAAGGAAAUGCAGAGGUUUCUGAGAAGAAAGAACCAAUGAUAAGUAGUGGUCAGCACCUGCCUCAUAGUUCCAGGGAAAUGAAGCUGCCUCUUGAUUUCUCCAACACACCUUCUCGUAUGGAAAAUGCCAAUCUUCCCACCAAGCAAGAACCUUCUUGGAUGAACCAGAGUGAACAUGGUAUUACGGAACCCCAGUUAGACAGUUCAGAUAUUCCACCAUUCAAAGAUGAAGGUGCUGAAUCAACUCAUUAUGCAGAUCUCUGGCUUCUCAAUGACUUGAAAACAAAUGAUCCCUACAGAUCUCUAUCUAAUUCAAGCACGGCUACAGGUACCACAGUAAUCGAAUGCAUCAAAUCUCCAGAGAGCUCUGAAUCCCAAACAUCUCAAUCAGAAUCAAGAGCCACUACCCCAUCCCUACCUUCUGUUGACAAUGAGUUUAAACUUGUUUCACCAGAGAAGCUGGCUGGCUUGGCAUCUCCAUCAAGUGGCUAUUCAAGCCAGUCUGAAACGCCAACAUCCUCUUUCCCUACAGCUUUCUUUUCCGGCCCAUUGUCUCCUGGAGGUAGCAAAAGAAAACCUAAAGUCCCAGAAAGGAAAUCCUCACUACAGCAACCCUCUUUAAAAGAUGGAACUCUAUCAUUGAGUAAAGACCUUGAACUUCCAAUUAUACCUCCUACUCAUCUUGACCUAAGUGCUCUUCAUAAUGUCUUGAAUAAACCAUUCCACCACCGUCAUCCAUUGCACGUUUUCAGUCACAGUAAACAAAACACAGUAGGAGAUACACUAAGGUCGAAUCCUCCACCAUCCCUUGCAAUUACACCAACAGUCCUGAAAUCUGUUAACCUAAGAUCCAUCAGUAAGUCUGAAGAAGCUAAGCAAAAAGAAGGCGACAAUACGGAUCUCCCCUACUUAGAGGAAAGCACUCUCACAAUGGCUGCCUUGUCUCCAGGGAAGAUUAGGCAACAUAGUACUAAGAAAUCAUUAUCACGCCAGUACUCCACCGAAGACUCCAUACUGUCCUUUUUAGAUGCCACUGCAGUUGAGAUGGGACCAGAUAAAAUACAUUUAGAAACAAAAGCUACACUUGAUGUGAAGAAUCAUUGUGAUCCAGAAAUUGCAACCUCAGCUGGUAGCAAUCGUCUAGAUUCAAAUGUCACAAAAGACCAAAUAAAUAUAGAGAGCGAGCCUAUUUCAGGAAACACACCAAGUAAAAAGUAUGACUUUUCCCCAGAAGAAUUUCAGAGGGUCUCUGCUACCCACUCAAAUAAUGAUUUUGAUGGUAAAAUAACACAAUAUGGGGCUGGUCUGGAUGGGACCCUAGAACAGGUACAGAAGGCAUCCUCCAUAGAUUGGGAGGAACUUGCACAAGCUGAAUCUGUGGAUAUAAUCACAUCUCAAGCCAACUCACCAACAAAAGUAACAGACAUAAGCAAUCAACUUAAACAUCAACUUGUUCUGAACCACCACCAUGACAAAGUGCCUGGGAAUAUCAGUUAUGAAUCAGAGAUAUCAACUGUAAAUUCAUUCCCUGACAAAUGUUCUAAGCAGGAAAAUAUUGCUUCAGUUAUUUCACCCAAAAGUGCCUCUGAUAACAGCAGAGCAGAGGAGACCCAAGGAAAUGUGGACGAGACUUCUUUGAAAGAAUCAUCACCAAGUGAUGACUCCAUCAUUUCACCACUCAGUGAAGACUCUCAAGCUGAAGUGGAAGGUGCAUUCGUGUCUCCAAACAAACCUCGAACAACUGAGGAUUUAUUUGCAGUCAUUCACAGAUCCAAGAGGAAAGUACUUGGAAGAAAAGAUUCUGGGGACAUGUCUGUUCGAAGCAAGGCCAGAGUCUCCGUUGGCAGCACUGCUGGUCCCACCACUUCACCCAGCAGCAAUGUGACAACCCCAACCAGCCAGAGGUCUCCUGGGCUCAUCUACCGAAAUGCCAAAAAAUCCAACACAUCCAAUGAAGAGUUUAAGCUGUUACUUCUCAAGAAAGGCAGUCGCUCAGAUUCCAGUUACCGCAUGUCUGCUACGGAGAUCCUGAAGAGCCCCAUCCUGCCCAAGCCCCCUGGGGAGCUCACAGUGGAUUCCCCUCAGGUACCAGAUGAGGCCCAUCAGGGAUCACCUGGGACCGAGGCACUGUCCCCUAUCUCUCCAUGCUCCCCUCGAGUGAAUGCAGAGGGGUUUUCCUCAAAGAACUUUGCCACCUCAGCUUCAGCAAGAGUUGGACGUUCCCGGGCACCCCCUGUUGCCAGCAGCAGCCGUUACAGCGUCCGCUGCCGACUGUACAACACUCCCAUGCAGGCUAUCUCUGAAGGCGAGACUGAAAACUCGGACGGGAGCCCACAUGAUGACCGAUCCUCCCAGAGCUCAACCUAG